AUGUAUCAUCUUGCCCAGGACAUGUAUUUACUGACACUACUUUCCCUUAUCGGGGCGGCGUUUGCCGUACCCUUGACACAAUUGUCAGAGGAGAGCCACGCUGAUAGAUACGUUCUUCCCAAAAAUAUACUGCCAUCCUUCUACGACGUCAUUCUCUACCUGGACCCCGACAAUGAAGCAUAUUUCGAAGGAUCAGUUGACAUCAGAAUCAUCCCUCAAACGGACACCAAUGAAAUAGUCCUUCAGGCUAUGGAGAUGCAAAUAAAUGCAGCUGAUAUUGAAGUGUUUAAUGAGUUCCAACCUACAAACAAUUUAUACAGCUCACAUACAUUGGCUUCCGAUGACACACAUUUGCUCAAGAUCCAGUUGAGUGAAACCAUACCAGCUGCUCGUGUCCACACUCUAAGAUUCAAGCAAUUUAGAGGUCAAUACGCUACUAACAUGUUUGGUAUUUACGUUUCGACUUACACAAAUGCCGCUGGUCAGACGGAAAAACUCAUUACAUCACAGCUGCAGCCUACUUUUGCCCGCCGUGCGUUCCCGUGCUUCGAUGAACCCUUCUUCAAGGCUAGAUUCAGGACUACCAUUUACGCUCGACCCACUUAUAACGUAGUUGAGAGCAACAUGCCUUUGAGGCCUAACGAUGACUUGAAAAAACCAGACGUUCAGGGAUGGGUGAAACACGAGUUUCAAGAUACCCCGUUGAUGUCCACAUACCUACUGGCGUACCUUGUGUCAAACUUCCAAUCAGUUAGCAACGAGGCCAACCCUAUCUACUCCGUGCCAUUCAAAGUUUGGUCCAGACCUGGUACCCAGGCUACUGCAGCCUUUGCUCUGGAGUUUGGUCAACAGAACAUGGUAGAACUAGAAAAAUACACUGAGUUUAAAUACGAUGUUCCAAAACUCGACAAAGCUGCUGUUCCUGACUUUGCUGCUGGUGCUAUGGAGAACUGGGGAUUGGUCAUUUACAGAGAAGUAGCUCUUCUGGUCACUGAUGGAGUGACGACCACUGCUACAAGACAGAAUGUUGGUAGAAUCAUUUGCCACGAAAAUGUUCACCAAUGGUUCGGAAAUGAAGUCAGCCCUGUCUCCUGGACUUACACUUGGCUCAACGAGGGCUUUGCCAACUUCUUUGAAAACUUCGCUACCGAUUUGGUGAAGCCAGAUUGGCGUAUGAUGGAUCAGUUCGUACUAGCUCUCCAGAACGUGUUACAGUCUGACGCUGUUCUUAGUGUGAACCCAAUGACCCACCCUGUAUACUCGCCCUCCGAAAUUAUUGGAACUUUCAAUGCUGUUGCCUAUCAGAAAUCUGGUUCCGUGAUUCGUAUGAUGCAGCAUUUCUUAACACCAGAAGUAUUCCGCAAGGGAUUAGCAAUCUACAUAAAAAAACACUCCCGCGAGGCAGUGGUUCCCUCUCAACUAUACAGCGCUCUCCAACAAGCACUUGAUGAGUCUGAUCAUACUAUUCCUUUCCAAAUUAUCGAUGUGAUGUCCCGUUGGGCGUACCAGGGUGGUUUCCCGGUUUUGACAGUCACACGAAGCGCUGCCGCUGCCAAUUCAAUUACCGUUGCACAGGAACGUUACCUCACCGACAAUAAACUAACAUCUCCAGACCGCUGGCACGUACCCAUCAACUGGGUCCUGUCCACAAACCCUGACUUUUCUGACACCAAACCACAAGCCUGGGUACGACCUACCUUCCCAGCACUAUCUUUCGAUAUUCCCGGCCUGACUCAAGCUGACUGGUACAUCCUUAACAAACAACAGACUGGUUACUACAGAGUGAAUUACGAGAAUUCGAACUGGCUUGCGUUGGCGGGAGCGUUGGAUACCGACCACAGCGUGAUCCACGUACUGAACCGUGCCAAUCUCUUGGACGAUGCUUUCAACCUAGCCAGAAAUGGACGUCUGAACUACCAAAUUGCUUUGAGCUUAUCCAGAUACUUGGUUAAGGAGAAGGAUUAUAUUCCUUGGGGCGCUAUCAAUCCUUCAUUCACAUACCUCGACUCAGUCCUUAGUGGAUCAAGCAUUUACAGUCUGUUCCAACAAUACGUUCGCCAGCUGACCGCUCCUCUGUACGAAGAACUUGGAUUUAUAGCAGCCGAUGGUGAGGAACACGUGACUCCUUACCACAGGAAUAUCAUCCUGGAUCUGAACUGCCGUUACGGCAACGCUGAGUGUACCAGCACUGCUCAGAGCCUGCUCGAAGGUUUCAAGAACAACCCAGAGCAGCCAUUGAACCCUGAUAUUCAAAACCUGGUGUACUGCGCUGGUCUUCGUGGUGGCAGUGUGGAGAACUUCGACUUCCUUUGGGAAAGAUACUUGAGCAGCCAAGAUCACAGCGAGCAGUCCAUCCUUCUGAAUGCUCUUGGAUGCACCUCCAAUGCUGAACGUCGUUCGUUUUACAUGCAACAAGUUAUCAGCGACACGUCUCCUGUAAGAGAACAAGACAGACACACCAUCCUGGUCUCUGUCACCAAUGCCAGCCCUGAGAGCACAGAGGCUGCUCUUGAUUUCGUCAUUGAGAACUUCGCGGCUAUCCAGCCAAGAGUACAAGGUUUGACUGGAACCACCAACAUCCUGAACGCAUUCGCCAGAAGACUAACAACUCAAGAACAUUCCAGCAAGAUCGAUGAGCUUAGCAGUCGCCAUCAAUCUAUUUUAACCGCUGGAGAGCUGGCAUCCAUCGCUGGAAUCAGAGAAAAUAUUGCUGCCUCAAUUACAUGGAAUACUGAUAACGCUGCCAUUGUUGAGGACUGGCUUCAGGACAAUUACGGUAAUGGUGGUGGUGAUGAUGAUAUUGGCAGUGGUGAAGAGCCUGAUGAUGAGGAUAACGGUUCUCCGGCUCUUUUGUCUGGCUUCGUCGGCAACGCACUCGUAACUCCUCCGUUGCGAGUGUCCAUGGGCGGCGCUGAUUGCUUACCAUCAGUGCGGUAUUCCAUUAUGGGUGGCAGUAAUCAACUUGAUGCCCCUUUUUCUACGGAUGACGAUGACCAAAUACUGGAAAUAGAACCAGAACAAAUUGCUUUGUUAUAUACAUUCUUUAUUGAAUAUUCUGGAGCAUUGAAUGUGGCUGGAAAAGGGCUGUACAGAGGAAGCUAUGGAGAUAACACUUACUUGGCAAUGAAUCUACAUCCAACAUACGCGAGACGCGUGUUCCCAUGCAUGGACGAGCCGACAGAAGGAUCAGUAAUCUCCUUCUCAUUUGAAGGCCUGGAUUAUACUCAUCUAAUAUCUAACUCUAUGCUUGAAGAAAACAGCCAAACCCAUUUCCGAGCAUUAGAAGGUCCACCACACCUUUGGGGCAUGAUGGCUCACAAUUUUGUAACUGUCAACUUGCCAACAGCCAACGUUUUGCUGUACUCAAGACCUGGAAUUUCUAAUCAAGAUUCACAAGCCUCCGUAGCCAUUAAUUCUUACUUCAAUAAUUUAAAUGAAUGGACUCAAAAACCAUAUUUCGAAAUAAUAAAUAAUCAAGAUGGCCGAAUGAACAUAAUGGUGUUACCUGAUGUCUCCACAGAUUGGAACUCACUUUCCACAGUCGGUAUUUGGGAACCAUAUGUAUUUAUGGAACCGGUCCACGCAGUAAAACAGAGGGUGGUAGCACUGACCAAAAUAGCGGAGGCUAUGGCAAGGCAGUGGUUUGGAUAUGUAAUCUACCCGGAGAACUGGAGAUACGAAUGGGUCGUCGCAGGAUUUACAACAUACUCGGCGUAUGAAAUGAUGAAAAUGUUCCAGGGCGACAAUAUUGCUGACCUAAAUUUACUAGACGUCAAUACAUUAUUCGUAACUGAAGUCAUACAAGAGAGUUUGCUACGCGAUGCCUACAUCAACUCAAAUCCUUUGGAACCUGGAGACAAUCUUUUUGACGAAGAUGCAAUACGGGACCAUGUAAAUGGACUCGUCAAGAUAAAGAGCGCUGCGAUCAUGAGAAUGAUCGGGCUUGUGCUCGGUGAUGACGAUACGGACUUCAUUCAAAUAUCAGCCAGAGCGCUCCUGAAUGUUCGAUCCCUAGAAACUAUUAAUACAUUGAAGUUCAUAGAUGGAAUAAACAGUGAAUUAGUGGGUAAUAAUAAUGGUAUGGUUGGUGAAUUUGACGAAUAUUUGGAACCAUGGGUACAAAGUAGUGGAUAUCCAGUUUUACGAGUUGAAAGUACGUUUAGCGGGGUUUUGUUGCAUCAGACUCCUUUCGCUUUUACAAACAGAGAAUCUCCCAGCCGUCUCUUACCGAUAACCUAUACGACAAGUAUUGAGAAAAAUUUCGAUAACAUCCAUCCGCAGUUUAUGUUGGAUAUAAAUUAUAACUUAAACGUAUUCUUAGAUGAGGAAGAUUGGAUCCUUUUCAAUAUUCAGGGUCAAGGAUAUUAUCGCGUGACAUAUGACAACGGGCUUUGGGAAAGGAUUAUUGGAGCUCUUGAAGAUCCUGAGAGGAGAGAAGAAAUUCACCCUUUGAAUCGUGCUACUCUUGUUGACGAUGCUCUUAACUUGGCCAGAGCCGGGCAGCUAGGUUACGAUGUAGCAUUGUCAGUAGUUCUGUCUAUGGAACAUGAAACUGAAUAUGCUGUGUGGAAGGCUUUCGUCAGAAAUAUGAAUUUCUUGAAGAAACGAUUGGAAGCUUUCGUUUUUGACGAUGAAGAUUUAGAUCCUGAUAUAUACUUGAGAAUGGUUCGUAGAACAAUUCCAGCUUUUGAAAGAGAAAUAUCAUUCUAUCCCGAUACAUCUGUAAGCGAGUCGGCGAUGACUUCAUUGACUCGAGGUCUGGUGAUGGACCACGCUUGUAGAGCUGGAUACAGACCUUGCAUCGCUGCAGCGGUCGACUGGUUCUAUGAUCCUAACAAUAACGAAGUAGUAAAUCCUAACAUCCCCCAUGACAUGAGGCCAGCAGUAUACUGUACUAUGGUAAGAGAAGGAGGUGAAGAGGUCAUACAAGCGUUAUACAACAGGCUGGAAAUCGAACCGACCCAUUACGAGAGGGUCGUCAUUUUGGAGUCUCUAGGUUGUUCUAAUGAUGCGGACUUCAUUAAUGGGUACGGUGUAGAGAAACUCGAAGAGUUAAUAUUCGUCCUCGCGGAAAAUAUGGCAGACAGAGACUUAACUAGAGAGUUUGAAAUCUGGGUGGAGAGUUCAUUCAAUAACCUUGAGGACUCUCAAUUGACUGCUGAGCGUGCUCUAGCUUAUGUGAAGGAGAACCUUAACUGGGAAGACCAAUAUAGGGAUGAUGUGUACGAAUGGAUCGACGAAAACCAUGCGUCAACUCUUGUACUUUCACUAGUAGCGCUCUGUGUAUCUGUUGUGGUGGCAUUAUUCAAUAAUUGA